GCACUGGCAGUGCAGUUAUUCUCAACCUGCAUUUUAGUGAGGCUUUGCCUUUUUGGUAGCUUCUGUAAAACUUUGCUCUUGAAGUCUUGCUGUGUGCCCAGCGAUGAUGUCUGCAGGUGCAGGGGAAGAACCCCAUUAGGGCAAAACCCAUAAGGAGGAAGAAAAGUUGUUCCCUGUGCUAGGGACAUGCUGUUGGGGCUUGUUUCCAGAAACCACAGGUCUGGAGGCAUAGUGGCAGCUGACACAGGUCUGGCAUGAUUUGAAUCUUGAGGUGCUGUGGUGGGAGAGGGGAUGUCCAGCAGCCACCAGCUGUUGGCAGGGAUUUGCCUACUCACUGUGCGUGCUGGAGGGACAUGGUGGUCCCAGUGCACCAAUUCCUUCAGUCAUGCAACCCAUGGGUGAGAGCCCGGGCAUCUCAUGAGCUUUGUCAAAACAGUGGCCUGACAGAAGUCAGGCAGAAGUCCCCAGAACCACCAGUGACUCUGGUGAAAAUCAGGAACAAUUUGUGUGAGACUGGUGUCAUGUAAACAAACAUCUGUGACCUUAACUACAUAAACCUGGUUUGGGUGGUCCCUCUCCUCACCUAUCUAGAAUGAUUUAUUUUUUUUUCCCAGUGGUGAAAACAGGUAGGUGUGUUUUGUGCAAGAGGCAUGUUGCAGCUUGUCUGCCUAUGGAACGGGGAUGAGUUUGUGAAUUAACCCAGAUUACAGGUUGGUGCCCAGCCUCCUCUUCAGACAUCAUCUGGGGCAAACAAGGUGGCACAGCUGUGGGUUUAAGCCGCUUCAAAACUCCCACAAGCCAAAUGCUUGGGGGAGUGUGGGAAUCCAACUACCAAACAUGUCAUUCCCCAUCCCAUGCUACAAACUAUCCUAUGGUGUGAAGGUGCUGGUGCGAAGAAAUUCUGUUCCAAUGCUACAUUGUCAGGGCACCUGAACCAUGUGCAUGGUUUUAUCCUUGCUUUUCUUUUUAAAGCAAGGAGGGGGAAAAAAAAAAACCCCAAGCCCCUCUUACUGUGAUCUUGUCCUCCAUGAGAGACUUCUGCAGAAGCAGAUCCUGCUGGAAAGUGAUUUCUGUCGAAGCAGAUGUUACACAAAUCAUCUGGAGCCCAUGGUAAGAAUCGCGUGGCUUCUCUGUUCCCCUGUUCGAGUCUGUCAGGUAAUUAAGCAUAAUCAUAUUGGUAAGAUUAUUUGGGACUCACAAGGCUCUGCCUUGGCAGUGCGGUGGGGUGAUGUGGGUGUCUGUGUGUGCCAGAUGAGUCCCUGGUGACGCAGGUGAUGCGCUGCAAACACGCAGGUCAUGCAGUAGAAGCUUCCACCCUAUGAGAGAUUUUUUUUGGCGACCAGAUGCGAGGGUCCCCUGUGCAGUAGCAGGCAGUGAAUGUGUCUCCAGCAUAGGAGUGACAGAGCAGCCUGGGGCUGGGGUGCCAUCCAGGGCCGACCGCUAGGUAGUACAGCCAGCUGCACCCGUGGGGCGAGCGCUGCCCAGCAGCGAGCAGUGCCCACGGGCUGGGUCCUGCGUGUACGGGCCUACGGGGGGACCUGCUCAGGGUCGGGCGGCCAGGGGAGCGUGGAGGCGGUUUGCAGUGUGGAGGACAGGGAAUCACACCUGAAAACGUGGAGUGCUGUGAUGCUUUGGGAAUUGUAAGUUUGGGACAGAAGAGUGUGGAGAUGCAGCUUCUUAGAGAAACUUUUGGGUUCAGUGCUUGAAAGAUUAUCUAUUUCUCUAUUUUCCUUGCUUGGUUUGAAAAUGGUGGUUGGAGUGAGAUGUUGCCUCCUUCUCAGCCCCCUUUCUCUGGUGAGAAAUCUUCCUGUGCCCUUCCUGCAGCCGGUGCUUCUGGGCUGCAAGCCACAUGCCACCUUUCCUCAUCUGUAAUGGGCAGAUGCAAAUCUGCUAUUCAGUGCUGGACCUUCAAAGCAUGUUGAGAGGUUGGUGGUGCCGAGAGCACAGCAGGGAACAUUCUGUUAAAAGCAAAGGAGGAGCACGUUUAUUUGAAGCAGCAGCUUCUUCUGUACUGUUAUGCCUCAUGUGGGCUUCAGACAUGAAAGCUGAUAUGAGGGCUAGUGAGUGAGAGGGACUUAAUUUUUCUAUGUGUAGAUGAUGAAAACUGGGCAGGUGAAAGGGAGGAAUUUGGCAGGGAGCUGGAGAGGGGCUGCUGUACCUGAGAGGAGACGUGCAGGAGUCCUGUCUCCUGCAGGGGUCAGGGCACGGGUUCCGAUGGCACCAGCUGGGAGCGCUCGCUGCUCAGAGUGCGUGGGGAGUGCCAGCAAAGCCUCUUGGUGAUUUAUUGCACAAAGCCUCACUGUACAGCCAGCUGGGAACUUUCCACUGGUACAGUUUUUUCAUAAGAAAAUAUAUAAACAAAGCUUCCUACAGGAAAUGGCAUAUAUUUUCACUGAAGAUGGAGUGAUAUACCACGAAUAGAGUCACAUUCAUCCCGCUGAAACAGUGGUCUAGUGAUUUAUAGCACUGGCUGGAGUUAUAGUGUAAUUACGGUCAAAAUUCUUAGACUUUGGAAGUGACCACAUGUAUCUGUCUUUUCUUAUCGCUGCUUUAUCGUAGUACAGAAUAAGCACUUUAGUUGCACUCCUGUUGAGUGUUUAACAAGGUGGUGGCGUAAAAGUGGAAGGAAUAUUUUCUGCAAGCAUCCAGAGUAGACAAGACUUUCCUUUAUAUAAACUUUUCACCAAUUUAUAUUUUUCAGUGGAAAACACCUACUUUUGUAGAGACACUAAAAUUUGCUGAGGUGGGUUUUGCUUGCUUGUUUUUUUACUUCUGCCUUUUUCUAUUACAGAUCACUAGCACAGAGGAAUGCAAAAGCAAGAAACAAACUGGAGAUUUUUUCCACUACCUCCCAAAGUACAUGAAGCUGAGGAAAGUGAGGAUGGUGCUGAAUGCACAAACAAAAUGACUUCAGUUUAUCAAGUGUCAAAGAUGCCCAUGCCAGUGACAAUGAUGAGAACGCGGAGCGUGGUAACUGGUCAAACAAAGGCGACUACCUGCUCUCCAUGGUGGGCUACGCUGUGGGCCUCGGCAACGUCUGGCGGUUUCCCUACCUCACCUACCAGAAUGGCGGAGGUGCUUUUCUAAUCCCAUACACCCUGAUGUUGGCAUUAGCUGGCUUGCCCUUAUUUUUCAUGGAAUGUUCCCUUGGGCAGUUUGCCAGUCUAGGGCCAAUUUCCGUCUGGAGAAUAUUACCAUUGUUUCAAGGAGUGGGUAUCACAAUGGUCAUCAUCUCAACAUUUGUGGCGAUCUACUACAACGUUAUCAUUGCCUAUGCACUCUACUACUUAUUUGCCUCAUUUCAAAAAGUGUUGCCGUGGUCAGACUGCUUUUCCUGGGCAGAUGAUUUCUGCAGCAAAACUCGAUUAGUAAGCGACUGCAAUGCAACCUUACAUGGAGAAAUAGUUCAUGCAAAUUACUCAUUCAUCACAAACAAUAAUCUCACAUGUAUAAAUGGCACCAUGAACUACAAACCAGUGCAAUUUCCCAGUGAACAAUACUGGAAUAAAGUGGCUCUUCAGCGCUCGAGUGGGUUGGACGAGACCGGUAACGUUGUGUGGUACUUGGCGCUCUGCCUCCUCCUCUCCUGGAUGAUUGUUGGAGCCGCGUUGUUUAAAGGAAUAAAAUCUUCUGGAAAGGUCGUCUACUUUACUGCACUCUUCCCAUAUGUCAUCCUGCUCAUCUUGCUGGUGCGCGGCGCCACCCUGGAAGGUGCUUUGGAUGGCAUUGAGUACUACAUUGGGAGGCAGUCCAACAUCACCAAGUUGAUGGAGGCAGAGGUUUGGAAAGAUGCAGCCACCCAGAUAUUCUACUCCCUGUCUGUGGCAUGGGGGGGGCUUGUUGCUUUGUCUUCGUACAAUAAGUUCCACAACAACUGCUACUCAGAUGCCAUUUUAGUUUGUGUAACCAACUGCGCCACCAGCGUAUUUGCCGGGUUUGCGAUAUUCUCCAUCUUGGGACAUAUGGCAUUCGUGUCCGAGAGACCUGUCUCAGAGGUCGUGGACUCAGGAUUUGAUCUGGCAUUUGUAGCCUACCCAGAGGCUCUGUCCAAGUUACCAGUUGCUCCUCUGUGGUCCUUCUUGUUUUUCUUCAUGCUCCUGCUCUUGGGCCUUGACUCUCAGUUUGCCACCAUAGAAACACUUACAACCACCAUACAAGAUAUAUAUCCCAAAGUCAUGAAAAAGUUAAGAAUCCCUAUAACACUGGGUGUGUGCAUAUUGCUCUUCUUUCUUGGUCUUAUCUGUGUUACUCAGGCAGGAAUUUACUGGGUUAACCUAAUAGAUCACUUUUGUGCAGGAUGGGGAAUCCUUAUUGCAGCUGUCCUGGAGAUAAUAGGCAUUGUCUACAUUUACGGAGGAAACAGGUUCAUUGAAGACAUUGAAAUGAUGAUUGGAAAGAAGAGCCGUUUAUUCUGGCUGUGGUGGAGAAUGUGCUGGUUUUUCAUUACUCCUGUGCUGUUAAUGGCAAUUUUGGUCUGGUCUCUGGUCACAUUUUCACCUCCCACUUAUGGCUCGGUGUUAUAUCCAGCCUGGGGAACUGCUGUUGGCUGGUGCAUGAUUAUCUUCUGUGUCAUCUGGAUUCCUAUCGUCGCUAUUCUAAAAAUAGUUAAAGCUGAAGGAAAUCUUUGUCAGAAACAAGCAAACGCAAGAUCUGAGGCAUGCUGCUCUUGUCAAGCUCUGCCAAAGAGUCCUGUUGGUCACAGCUUUUCCUGCCUGUUUGGCUUCAGUGUCCAGAAUCACAGAAUGGUUUGGGUUGGAAGGGACCUUAAAGAUCAUCUAGUUCCAACCCCCCUGCCAUGGGCAGGGACACCCUCCACUAGACCACGUUGCCCAAAGCCCCAUCCAACCUGGCCUUGAACGCUUCCAGGGAUGGAGUCUCUGCAACCUGUUCCAGUGCCUCACCACCCUCGCAGUAAAGAAUUUCUUCCUGAUAUCUAAUCUAAAACUAUCCUCUUUCAGCUUAAAGCCAUUACCCCUCAUUCUAUCACUCCAUGCCCUUGUAAACAGUCCCUCACCGUCUUUCCUGUAGGCCCCUUUAGGUACUGGAAGGCUGCUCUAAGGUCUCCCCAGAGCCUUCUCUUCUCCAGGCUGAACAAUCCCAACUCUCUCAGCCUGUCUUCAUAGGAGAGGUGCUCCAGCCCUCUGAUCAUCUACUGAAACCAAAGAUAUUUGACAUUAUUUUAAAAAACUUUGGUGAUUUGUUUGUAA